GAACAGAUCCAGAUUUUCCAGAUUAAGUAUCCCCAAAUCUUCUCAUGUCUGUUAGUUCCUUUCAUUUCAUCGCCCGGUGACCCAAAUCCUUAGCGAUUCGAACCAGAAAGCCCCCAAAAUAAUGCCCUUGAAAGCAAUGAUAGAGGUUGAACCACCGAGUCCAUUAAGAUAUAUCAUCGGAGCAGCUGUCAUGAUGAUCGGAGUCGUAUUGCCCGUCGGGUACAUGAUGUUCCGUAACAAACGCGUCCCUUCCUCUUCCUCGUAUUCCAAACAGACGUAGGAACAAAUUUUUAAUAUAGAGAUAUUUGUUGAAGAGACAUUUUUUCAUGCAAAAUUGGUAUUUUAAAUUUGAAGGACGAUGAGGGAAGUAUUGAAAGAAGGCCUUGAGUGACCUGCACAUACAAAA